UAGCUACAUACAUGCAUUGAUCCUAUGCAAUCUUCCUUCACCCUACCCUCCCCACCAACCCCAAUAAGCUCCCACAAUUGUCCUUGUCGGCUCCUCAAAACCCUUCAUUCCCUCAAUCCCGUCUUCACGGCUUACGUCGCUGCUACCGCCUUCCACAGGCAUCCACCGCCUACGUACCUCCUCUGAGCGGGUGCCAUUCUCAUCCAGCCCACGGACGACCACGCCCACGCUUCUUCAUCUCAAACCUCCAUUCACCUUGGUUCCAACCGCGACCUUCAUUGCCACCCGAUCGGCUAUUUGUAACCCACCAUCGUCACCCUCGCGACCGGACAACUCUCUCUUUUUCCUUCCCUUUGAUGACUGCUCCUCCCUCGCGAGCCCCCUCCUUCACUCCGUGUCCCCGUGCCUCGAAUCCCGCCGGAGCACACGACCACCGGCAUCAUGACGGCCAGUGAGCGUGCUGCACACCUCAUCGGUGCCCUCGAUACUGGUUCUGGCCUCGGCACCUCUCGUGCAACCUCCCCAGGAGGCGAUUGGCGCCAGCCCAACGGUGGUGUCAACGGCACUCAUGCCGACAGACUGAGCCGCAACCGCCCACGAACCUUUCCCUACUUCCAAUACCUGCCAUACCAGACCGAGGGGCAAGCCGAGCGGGAGAAUAGCCUAGACACCUGUUUGCAACACCUGUACAUUGCCGUGUCCGCUGGAGACUUUGCUCCGGGCGCCGUCCAUUGGACACGCGAGAUACGGGGAUGGCUGUCGCUCAAGUUUGACCUGCCCCGCCCCACGAGGGUGAAGCUUGUGAAACUCUACUAUGAGCUUGCUCUGGCUCCCGGCUUGGACUAUCUGGUAGCUGAGCGUUUCGCAAGCAUGUUCAUGAUCUUGACCAAACGCAAACAUUAUCUGCGCCCUGGGAAGGAUCUCACCUUAGACUGGCGACCCCUUUUCCGCGAGUUGAAGCUGUUCGUCCUACCUACCGAGUCGGGAGGCUCCUAUCCCUCCAACGUCAAACGUAACCCCCGCACCCUCACAAAGCUAUGUACAUUUGCGCAACACUAUUUUGAUCCACAUGACAUACCGGCAAUAUUUGAAGAGUUUCUGCCCUACUUCAGUACAUCCUUUUCCGAAACAGGAUAUGUGGUCGUUGGACUGCUGAAUCUCCUCCUCCCAACCAAUCCCGCUCCCGAAGACCGGCCGGAUCUGCUACCGCAGGAAUUCCUGCCCACAUUCUUCCACCUGUGGUCCCUGGUCAACCGGUCCAGGGCUUUCGACGUUCAUUUCAUAGACGUACUGUCGCGAUUAGCCAGGGACUGGCUACCGGCACAACAUGUUCCCUUUUCGCAGCAUGGAAUCUUCACAAGCGAGCAGUCUGCGCUGAUCUUCACAGCUGCCUUGCGGCUCCUCGAUAUACCGGUUGGGCAAGCAACUUCACCCUAUAGCGAUACCGUCGAUCUCGGCGCCGGCUUAGCCAUCAUGUUGGAUAGAGAUCAACGAAAGCAUCCGGUUCCUCACCACAUCGCCCGUUGGAUCGUCAUGUCGCUAUCCCCAGCAUGUCUAGACGACCCAAACUCCAUUCUCAGCAAACUUGAGGGAUUGAUUCAAGCUGUCGAGACCUUCUUCCAUCCGUCCAACUCGGGCAGUUGGACAAGGACCCUUUCGCAGCUCGUCUUCUACCUAGCCGACUUCUUCGUCAUGCGUUGGAAUCGUGAGCGAAGCGGCGAAAUGGAGGUUCCCGAAGGCAGAAAGCUCAAUGACGCUCUCAAACGGCGCUUUGUACUCUGUUUACGCGAAGUCAUCUUCAUGGGUAUUUUCGCGAAAAGUGGCACAGCGAUCAACUUCUCGCUCUCAACCCUGCAGAGUCUGGCGUACUUGGAGCCCAAUCUGAUCCUUCCCGGCGCACUCCAGAGGAUAUAUCCUGCCAUGCAGGGGCUUGUUGAGGUGCACCGCACCAUCUCCUCGAUUCGGGCGCUACAUAUGCUCUCGAAGAUCAUGGCGCGCACCAAAGGCUACAGGUGUCAUGUCACAACUGUUCUUGGGCUUGCACUACCCGGCAUUGAUGCCAACGAUCUGGAGAAAACGUUGCAUACUUUGUCCUACAUCCAAGGCGUCUGUUACACCGUACCGUUCCAUGACCUGACUCAGGAGUCAAAGGGUCCCAAUUCCCACGUUUCAAGAGACGGGACGGAGACACCCAGGGAGGAGGACAAUACCGGUCUCGCCAUGGAGUGGAUAACUCAGCAGGUCGAACGUCUGGAGAAAGCCGGGGGCGAUAUUGAAAUCGACUACAGCAAAGAGCUGAGCGACGAGGAGGAAGCCAGAAUCUUGCGGUCUUCGACCACAGGACUUGCUGAAUUUCUGACGUUGUUCCUUGGACGCGUUUUCACUCUGCUUGAAAAUCUUCCCGAUGCCUCAAGAGUCCGCAGUGGCUCACCGGAAGAGAAUGUGGUCAACACGCUCCCGGCAGCAUUCACUCCUUUGCUCGCUGCCUUGUCUCCAGAGCUUUUCGAUAUCGCACUGGACAAGAUCGCAAAUUUCAUUACGAAUCAUGUGAUACAUCAAGCUCGUGAUGCCAUGGCAUUCAUUUGUAAUGCCCUCGUCAAGAUCAAUCCUGAGAAGUCUCUGAAGCGCAUUUUACCCCAUCUUCUCGCAGGAAUUCGUACCGAAAUCGGGGAGAAUGGUGCUGGGUCAGCGCGAACUACCGGUUCUGAGGUGCUCCCGAGAGACCGUGCUCUUGUGUGGAACAUCAGUCUCCUCAGCAUGUGCGUUGUGCACGUUGGUGACGCCGUUUUGCAAUGGAAGGAGGAGCUCUUUGACAUCGCCGACUACAUGCAAAAGAACUGCAGGGGCAUUCCGACCGUUCACGUAUCUAACUUCAUCCAUCAUUUGCUGCUCAACUUGACGGUCACCUACACCAUCGAUUAUUCGAUUUACGAACCGGAGGAGCUCAAAGCAGGGCUCACCACGGACUCGUGGGGUCGACUUGUUGACCCGCAUAAGCUCAACAUCAAGUGGCAUACGCCGAGCACAGAGGAGAUCGACUUUGCGGUGCGUUUAUUUGAGAACCAUGCCAAUAACGCGAUCAGUCAGCUCACCGACCUCACCGGCCCCGAUCCUCCCAUCAAGCGAGAUGGCACCGGAAAAGACUGGUCGGACGAGGUUUCGAGGAAUCUAGUUCUGCUCAGGCUGCUUGUUUCCGGUAUCUCCGUUCUGUUUGACACGAGGGAGGAACACAAAGAUGGCGACCCUGAACCCGCUCAUGAUGUCGAGGUGGAUGCCAUGGACACCGAAGGACCGGACGACGAUGGUGGGUUGGGCGAAGCGGAAGACGAAGAGGUGAAACCCACCUUCCAAUACGAAGCCGGCUAUCCCCUCAAGAAGGAUGAUAAGAACUAUAAGCUUGUUCAUGAGCUGCGACAUCGUGUUGGCGAGACUCUACACAUGGUCCACAAGUUCCUGAUUGCCAAACAGGAGGACGAUGUCCCUUGUUUCAACUCCUUGUACAAUGCGUAUAAAUGUUGGUUCAUUGACGUUGGUCUAGAACGUUCCGCACACGUUCUAGAUAGAGUUACUCGUCUACUCAGGGCCGACGUUCAUCCGUUCAAGUUCAGUGGUUUGAGAAAGGAAUAUCCUAGGCCUCUGUUGGUACGUCGCGCGAACGUUUACCACCUCCAGCGCCUUCGACAUAAUGCCAAUCCACGGCCUAAGACCGAGUUGGACAAACAGUUGUUGCUCGAUCUGGCCGAAUCCAGCGUAUCCUUGUACACUGAGAUCCGACGCACCGCCCAGAGUGCCAAUGAAUCUGCAGUCAAGUGUAUCAUAGGGGCACGCCCUCUUGUCAUUCCGUCGCUACUGGAUGCACUCACCAAGGCCAUAACUGAGAAUGACUACCCGCGCAUCAAGGGCGCCAUGUUCUCCCUUCUUUUUGGCAGUCUGGCCAAAACCAUCAGUCGCGACUGGAGAUUCACGCCGACAUUGAUCAAAGCCUUUAUUGAGGUUACUGGCGCUGAUAAACCGUCCGUACAGAAGCUUGCUAGCAAUGCUACCUUCCAAGUCAUGGACAUGGGAAAGGCUUUGGAGCGAAUGGUGAUUUUGGAUAAAGAGGUUAUCCAGUCCAUCGCUUUCGCGGUUGACCCGACCGAAGAGGUUGCCGUGCAGGCAAAGAUCAAUAAAAGACGCGACUAUAUCAAGAAGAAGAGGGCCCGCAUAGAGGGGAAGAAGGCUGACUUGGCUAAGGAGCUUGUCGAGGUUUGCCAAACCGCCCAUUGGAAGAAAGUUAGCAGGACUGCAGCCAUCGUGCUUGGCCUUGGUAUGCGGUACGAUACCAUCGCGUCAGAUGAGAUGAUCGAGCUGGUUACGAAGGGAUCGAUUGACCAGCAUCCCCAUCUGCGCAGUCUCUUUGCCGGUGCUCUGGUGAACUUGUUCUCCGUGAUCCAGAUCCGCGCCGUUACCGCCCACAGCUACGAGAAGUACCUUUUGGGACAGGAAGAGAUCCCAGAGAAGAUCACCGUGCCUACAAAGACCGAUGAUCCGAACUGGACGGCAGACUUUCUCGCCAGUUUUGCGCAACCCGAAGCGAAGUACUAUGUUGAUAACGACUACCCUGGCUGGCUGGUGUGGAACAAGACGAUGCCAGCGGUGUUGCCAAAUGCUCCGCCGCUCGAGUAUGAUGAGCUUGAGACCAAUGUCCGGAGGAAGAUAGGGAAGCUUCUGGAUCGCAACUGGUUCUCUACCUUUUUCGCAUAUCUGAAGCAAGAACCGCGUGAUUCUGGUGCCGACCGGUUCCGCAUGUCCAACACAAUGCUAUUGAGCUUCGCGUUCGAAUUGGUGUUCCACAACCUUGCUGAAGUAAGUUUUGAGGACCUCAAGGAGUUGUCUCAGACGGUGUACGGAGAUGGUAGCGACAAGCAUCAGCACCGUGCUACCGCCGAGAUAAUGGCCGCUCUGCUAUCGUGUGCAGCGGACUUGAAACCCGAACAGCGUCAGGAAAUCUGGGCGUUCUGCUUCCCUAUCGUGCGCGGCAUCUUCAAGGAUGGUCUCACACCUGAGAAUUCGUCUUAUUGGACCAGCUUCCUCCAUGUAGUUUUGCAAGGGAAAGAUCCUAGGCGAGGAUGGCCGCUGGUUGACUGGUUAGCCAGCUUCCGCCUAGAUAUGGAGUCAAGCGCGGCUUUCAAGGAGAGCUCGAAGAUACACCUGCUGCAACAGUGUAUUUGCGAUGCUGGCUGGCACUUCCGGUUAGAGAAGCCUAUCCUCGAAGACUUCCUGAAACACAUUGACCAUCCGUACAAGAGUGUCCGGGAGGCAAUGGGUCAGACUAUCGCAAGUAUCUACCGGACGAGAUAUCACGAGGCGUACAAGGACGUUCCCACGUUGAUCAAGGCACAAAAGGAAGCAUCACCGCUUGGUGUCCGGCCUUACCAGCCCACUGAAGAGUUCACUGCGACGAUCAAGGAUGUCUUUGACCGUCUCGAGGUAUGGCGAAAGGAACGCCCUGCAGGACAACAAACGCCGUCGUCAUACACAUCGGGCGGUAAGACGGUGCUGUUGUGGCUAAACUCGAUGCUCUCAUCAUACGAGUGCAUCCAGCUCGUCAAAUUCUUCCCAGAUGUCUUCAUGGAGCAGCUCCUACACAUGAUGGACAUUAAAGAAGACCCUGAAUUCCAGUCUCUCGCCUACCACGUCUUCCGCCACCUCCCCAACAUACCUCACCGCCAAGGCGAAGACAAGGAUUUCAUCAACGCCCUCAUCCGCAUCGGCCGCACAGCAACGUCAUGGCAUCAGCGUCUCCGCACCCUGAUCAACAUCCAAGUCAUCUACUUCCGCCGCCUCUUCCUCAUGUCCGAAGACCAGCAGCUACAACUCUUCGACUGCGUCUCCGCAAUGCUGGCCGACGUGCAAUUUGAGGUUCGCAUGGGCGCCGCGACCACGCUCUCAGGCAUGAUUCGCUGCUCUCCCGUCGGACUGCGGGAUCGCAUGGUGUCGACCCUGAAAUUGGAAUUCGAGACCAUGCUCGAGAAGAAUCCCCUGCCAAAACGCCGUGUCCCCGGUACGCCUACGCCGGAGCAAAAUAAAGUCAUCUUGAAGAGACAUGCGGCGGUGCUGGGGUUGGGAGCGCUGGUGCAAGCGUUCCCGUAUACAAGUCCCCCACCUGGUUGGUUACCAGAGGUGUUGGCGACGUUGGCAAGGAAGGCGGCGGCGGACCCGGGCAUGGUGGGCAAGAGUGUAAAGAGUAUAUUGGCAGAUUUCAAGAAGACUAGGCAGGAUACUUGGCAUGUGGAUGUUAAGGCGUUUGAGCAGGAGCAACUAGAGGAUUUGGAGGGUGUGCUAUGGAAGAGUUAUUUUGCGUGAUUGGUAUGGUUAUUUGAAGAUGAGUGUGGGGAGAGGAACGAACGCUCCAAGGCGAGCGUGAAGAUUGGGCACGACGAGAUGGCUUAUGUACAAAAGGAGGGAAGCGCCUAUUGUGUGUGCAUGAUGAUGGAUGCCCGCGAUGUCAUGGUCUCUUCUUCUUUCCACUGUGGUCCUUGACUGUUCUAAAUUGUCUAGCUCUGCCUCGAAAUGCAUGUGCAUUGAUCAUCGGUUGCGGGUUUUGGGGCAUGCAGUGCAUCAUGGGGAAGGUUUCUGGGAAUGGACGUGGAAAACUCGAAAACUCGCCAGGAGCGUUGAUAAUGAAUAGAUUUCUGCUUUUUCUUCCCCGUUCCCUUUGGAUCUAUGAUGAUGGGGGUUGUGAUGGUGGCUAUCUCCUCACAGAUAUGCAUUGUGGACCAUGCUGU